CCUCUCCAUCAGCCGGCUCUUGUGGUUUCAAAAUAACGAAAGUUUGCCAACAGGAAUGAAUGCAACGGUAGUUAGCUAACCAACGACCAGUGAACUAGUACGACAUCAUGUUGGCCCGCGUGGGUGCUAUGACGACAGUGGUUCUCGGCUCUGCAGUCUUCUGGGCGCAGCAGAAAACCACUGAGCCUGUACAGGCUAAUCAUCCUAGUUCUGACCAGUCCUCAUCUCAGUAUGAGCUAAAACUAGUUCAGGUAUUGUUUAGACAUGGAGCAAGAACACCACUGAAGUCUAUACCGGAUGUUCUGGAGGCGCACUGGGUUCCUGACCUUCUGGAGGUUCCAGAUCACACCAAGAUUGAUUAUGUCGUUACAGACUUAAAGGGAGGCCCAAGACCCCCUUCUCCUGUGGAGGACAGCUACAGGGCCAGACCACUGACGGGUGGCACAUACCCAGGUCAGCUAACCACGGUGGGUAUGCAACAACUCUAUGAUCUAGGACUAAGGCUGAGGAAGAGGUACAUUCAGGACACGUCUUUCCUUAGCCCCCUCUUCAACAAUAAAGAAGUUUACAUUCGUUCAACAAACAUUGUCCGUACCAUCGAAUCAGCCCGGUGUCUGGUAGCAGGGUUGUUCCAGCAGCAACAGGCAGAAGCUGUGCCUAUCUUCACAGUAGAAGCAGAAAAAGAGAUCCUCUACCCAAACUAUCACGGAUGCAAACUUCUUAGGCUGCUCAGUGGUUCUCGCUGGGCAGAAUCCUCCACAUUACCCGACAUUGCUUCUGAUCUGCAGAGCAUUCAGAGUGUGUUGGGUGUCAAGCCUCAGCAGCGUGUCGACUUCAUCCUCAUUAGGGAUGACAUGGUGGCCAGAGAGACUCACAGACUGCCAUCUCCUGCAGCACUCAAUAGCUGGAGAUCUAAAGUAGAGCAGAGAGCUGUGGAUAUGAUCUGGCACAUCUAUGAGCCAAGUAACAGGGAGAAUCUUCAGCUGUGUGUGGGUCCUGUUCUUCACACUCUGCUCACAAACAUGGAGACCAAGGUUCAGGGUAAUGCCUCUAAAUCAGACAGGAAGCUGUUUCUAUACUCGGUGCACGACACUACGUUAAUGCCGUGCUUGAUGGCACUGGGUGUGUUCGAUAUGAAAUGGCCUCCGUAUGCAGCUGACCUCACACUCGAACUGUACCAACACCAACAAAACAAGCAGCACUAUGUCAAAGUAUCCUACAUUGGUCAGGAUCAGAAGAUCCCCGGAUGCAGUGAUGUCUACUGUCCUCUGAGAGAGUUUAAGCAGGCUUUGUCCAUGUACUCACUGCCUGAGGAGGGCUACCACACACUCUGUAACCGCAAAGCAGAAAUCCCCACCCACUGACUUCACACUGCCUCACGCCUUUAAAAACACGAAACGAGUCCAGUUUUGCUUAUUUCACGUUUACAUGCAUUGAUGGAAGAAGAUUAGUCUUUUUUUUUUUUGUUGUUGUUUUUUUGAGUAGUUCCAGUAUCAGCAGAUUUACAUUUUAGUUUAGGAAAGUCUUAAUCAUGGAGCUCAGCAUUUAUACAUUAUAUGGUCAACAAAUAAAACAUGCAUUAUGUACUUAUUUGAAGUUAUGCCUAAGUAGAAUUGCACAUAAAAUAUGCAGUAUCAGAACGAAAGAAAUAAAUGGCCCUGAAAAUUGAACUUAUUUAUUUGUUAUAAAGUAAUCAGCUAUUUGUCACUCAGGGGCCACUUUUGCAUUUGUGGAUGUACAGUGUCCAUGAGUGUGUGCUUAUUUCCCCCUCUAUGGGGUGUUUUACGGCAGCGCCAGCAAUGUGAAAUACACUGUAGAUGGUUUUACUUUAGAUGGUGAACCAGUUUUUGUGGAUUUAUUCAACUUCUGUCAUAAUCAUGUGUUCUUUUAGCAAAUCUUAAAAGCACACAUUAAAUCCUUAAAUAAAAUUAA